CAACCAGGAGAGAGAAGGGAUCACUCCACUGUACGGGUUGGAGACUACCUGUACAUGUGGGGUGGGGUCCAGCCUGAUCUCCCUAUGAUACACGACAGUGAAAAGAAGAAAUCAAUGUGUUCUGUGAUGGAGGUGUGUCACUUAGGAACUGGUAGGUGGGAGCAGAAACCCACCACUGGUAACCCUCCUAUGAUCGGUGUUACAGGCUAUGCUGCUGCUGCCAUUGGAAACGUAAUUUUUUAUUUCGGAGGCUACUGUAAUCAUGAUUCAUGUUAUCAUAACAUUUUGUGCAGUUUUAAUGUUGAUACCUUCAACUGGAAGGAACUCUCUCCUUCUACAUCUCGCCAUGGUCCUAUGAUGAAGUCCCACUGUGACAUGAUAGCAAUAAAAGUGAGCGGUGAGGACUAUCUUGUAGUAAUUGGAGGAUAUGGACCAUCAUUUUUAUAUAAUACACCAAAACACCCAGGUGCCCAGUACAGUGGUGAAGGAUUAGUUUUUAAUCGUCAACGAUGCAAUGAGAUCAAUUACUAUAAACUCUCAACAGGACAAUGGAUAUUACUGACUGUCACUGGAGACAGACCACCUCCUAUGGACGAAUUCACUUUAACAUCAAUUAAUAAUUCCAGUGCUAUAUUAUUUGGAGGUGACACUACUGAUGGACUCAGUAACAAUGUAUAUAUUCUUAAUUUCACUGAUACAUCAGUGAAUUGUUUAAAGUUAUCUAAUCCUGGUGGAUCAGUACAAUGGCCUAAGGGAAGACGUGCUCAUUCCAGUGUACUGAUUACCACUAGUUCAGGACCACACUUACUAGUGGUGGGUGGAGUUGGUGCUUACGACUGCGUCAUAUUUGAUAUUAGCAAUAAAUCAUGGAAGCAACUGUUUAAUAUACCAGACAUUGUCACUAAUAGACGAGAGCAUUCUCUCUCAGUGUGGAGUGUGACACCAACUACUAACUGGAUAAUUGUGUUUGGAGGAAUGAGAGAUUAUUUGACAAUAAGUGAUAUAGCAGUUAUUGAACUCAGAUAUACUAGUGAUAAUGAUUGGUCUACUAGUGUAAUACCUCUGGACCAGUAUCAAGAGAAACUACAAGAAAGGAGAAGAGAAUGGGAAGCAUCUCAACCUGUUCAGCCUGAGAAUAGAAGAGAAAUAGACCGUCUGAGACGUGUACUACAAGAAAGGGAAAGGGAACUACAGGAGGAGAGAAGAGAAAAGGAACAAGUUAGAAACAGACUACAGCAACAACUUCAAGGAAUAGAACAACAACUUCAACAAGCACAGCAACAAGGACAAGAAAGAGAGAGGCAGGCCAGAGAACGAGAGCAGGAUUUACAGAGACAACUUAAGGAAUAUCAAGAAAGAGAGCGACAACUUAAAAGGCAAAUUGAAGGUGGCCAGCAAUAAGAACAAGAUCUUCAGCGACAGCCUCAAGAAAAAGAGCAACAGCUUGAGGAAAGAGAGAGAGAGAGAGUUCAACUUGAAGAGCAGAUUCUUAAAA